GCCGGCGACGGACCCGGAAGGAGGAAACGUGCUGUGCUGAGCGGAGUGGCUGCGGCUCCCCGGGGAGGGAGUUCGGACAGGGUAAAAGCUUCCCAAUGGCGCAAGUAGGGGCAGUGGUGGCCGUGGCGACCAGUUUCUUCUGUGCAGCCCUCUUUUCAGCUGUGCACAAGAUUGAAGAAGGGCACAUUGGGGUGUAUUACAGAGGUGGUGCUCUGUUGACCUCCACCAGUGGCCCUGGUUUCCAUCUUAUGCUUCCUUUCAUCACAUCGUAUAAGUCUGUGCAGACUACACUCCAGACAGAUGAAGUGAAGAAUGUGCCUUGUGGAACGAGUGGUGGUGUGAUGAUUUACUUCGACAGGAUUGAGGUGGUGAACUUCCUGAUACCAAAUGCUGUGUAUGACAUAGUGAAGAACUACACUGCCGACUACGACAAGGCCCUCAUCUUCAACAAGAUCCAUCAUGAGCUGAACCAGUUCUGCAGUGUACACACUCUCCAAGAGGUCUACAUUGAACUCUUUGAUCAGAUUGAUGAAAAUCUCAAGCUAGCUUUGCAACAAGAUCUGACUUCCAUGGCCCCUGGACUUGUCAUUCAGGCUGUUCGGGUCACAAAACCCAACAUUCCUGAGGCAAUCCGGAGAAACUACGAAUUGAUGGAAAGUGAGAAGACAAAACUCCUUAUAGCAGCACAGAAACAGAAGGUGGUGGAAAAGGAAGCAGAAACAGAGCGGAAGAAGGCUCUCAUCGAGGCAGAAAAAGUGGCUCAAGUUGCAGAAAUCACAUAUGGGCAGAAAGUUAUGGAGAAGGAAACAGAGAAGAAAAUUUCAGAAAUUGAAGAUGCUGCAUUCCUAGCUCGAGAGAAGGCAAAAGCUGAUGCCGAAUGCUAUACAGCACUGAAAAUAGCUGAAGCAAAUAAGCUGAAGCUGACUCCAGAAUACCUGCAGCUGAUGAAAUACAAGGCAAUUGCCUCCAACAGCAAGAUUUACUUUGGCAAAGACAUCCCCAACAUGUUCAUGGAUACCGCAGGCAAUCUGGCCAAGCAGUUUGAGGGGCAGGCCGAGGAUCUGGGCUCUGAACUUGAGGACAGCUGGAGGGCAGCCACAGAGGAGCAAUGAGCACAGCGUUUUAUACAGCCUUGAAGGACACCAAAAAGAAAUCUUUCUAUUUAUUUUUCAAAGAUGAAACAAUGUCCUUUCCCCAGAACUACCUUCUUGGACUCUCUACUAAUACUGUGAUGAAAUGGAAGAAAAAGAUUUAAACCCUCAUGUGCUUUGGGAGCUUGUGAUUUGGAGCUUGAUACAGGUGCGUUAGAAGUGACAAAAUCUGAAAAGCAUUGGAUUUCUUCUAAACCCUUUGACUUCUAGCUCCAGGUCGCCCCUUUGAAGCUUGACUUAAUUGGGGAUGGUGGUGUUAAAGAGUAAGGAAAAUUCAGGGUGUUUCUGCUAAGUGAUUUGACGCUUCUAUUUUAUGGAGAAAUAUGGUCUAGUUCUCUUACCCCUGCCUAUAAGGGAGGGGGUUUUGGGGGAAGCCCAGCAAUUGAACAAAACAUAUGUUUCCAAGGCUUGCCAGUGGAUUUAUGGAAAAACAUCUGCAGAAAGUCAAUUUUUUUUUUACUGGCAUUUCUUUUACCACCUAUAUAUAUUGUUUUAGGGGUAUACUUUCUUUGAGCCCUUGUUUUAAAAAUAUAUAUAAUAACGGUGCUAGGCUUUGCAAGGUUCUCUUCAUGUUUCUUGUCCUGCCCCAGGGUGUAGAGGCUAGGCAGAAUCUGAUUGUAUAUUUCCAAGACCAAUACAUGGUCGCUAUGCAGUUUCUGAAACUUUUUUUUCCCUUUUAACAUUCUGUAGAUUUUUCCUAGACGUAAAAGCUAGCCACAAAAAUAAGCAAGCACCACUCCCUGGUUUUACUCAGCAUUAAGACAACAAAAACACUCACCAGGUCUCUAAAGCCACUAAAAGGGAAGGCCCUGCGCUCUCCAGCUCCCCCCUCACCUUACCCCCAGAAAGGGAUGUCUUUAUCUUGAAAAUGUGUCCCUCUAUUACUCAGGGAAACAAAGGAGAAGCCCCAUAUUAUGGGGAGCAUAAAAUGAUCCUGGUACAUAUUUCAGAGGAUUUCUUCCUAGACUCAUUUUUAAUGUUAAUUUCUUGGGCAUUUGAGUAUCCUCUGGCUUACCUGAGACAAGGAAAAUCCAUUCCUUAAGCAGUGUGUUUUUUUUAUCUUGUUUUUAUUGCAGAAGCCACUUAAGUCACUGAAUAAACAGGUAGGAUGUUUUUAAGCCUCCUAAAGUGACUUUGGAAAUAGAAAUCAAAGCACCUGCUAGCACCUGGAACGAAACUCUUGUACCAAGAGUUUCAAAUGUAGAACACUACUUUAAAAUAGAAUACUGCUUUGGAAAGUUUUGGAAAUAUCUUGGGAGAUUCUAAUAGUUUGUUUUUAGAGAGUCUUCCUUAAUAACUCUCAAAGGGGCAGCCUGUAGGGUAAGUCCAGUUUGCUUUAAUUUGGGGGAAGCUGUUUGGAUGCCUUCAGCCAUUCUCCUGACACCAGCCCUGAACUUCCUUGGUUACCCUACUUCCCAGGGAAUAGCAGCAAGAAUUACUGUGGCUUGGGUCUAGGCCUCAUCCCUACAACCCUGCCUAAAACUGACUUGGUGGCUCUGGAGUAAGGGUUGAGGGGAGAUGGGAAUUAAUUGGAGCUGUUAAGCCUAAAACAACAUGCCUUUCCCACUCAGAGUUUGGAGGGAGAGGAGGGAAAUGUUGGGCAUUGUGGAGUUAAUCAGCUCUUCCUGUCUUAAACCUUGUCCCCAUUCUAAAUCCCGGAGACUAAACUUUGAAAACCACUGCCCAGUCUGCUUCUUUGAGCUGCCCCACCUCAUGCAUUAUCCAAGAAGCAAAAUCCAUACAGAGCAAUGAAGGAUGUGUUCUAUUUGUGGCUCCUUGAGUAUCCUUCCCCUGCCCCACCAUAGCAUCUCCUUCAUUACAGAACUCCAAGCUCUCUUUAAACUAUUCAGAGAUUCCAGUGGAUCUGUCCUCUGAGUGUGGAUAAUUCCCUUCAGAAGUGCAGAUCGCAGCCCAUCUCUGCCGACCAUCUUCUGACUUUUCCUUUGGAAUGCAGUCAGUUGAUGCAAAUUUCUUGGCAAAUUCAUCUUCAGUGAUUUGCCUGUUAUAAGCUUCAUUGUGCCCUGUGGGAGAAUGUUUGCUCUGUAUUCCUGGCUCUUGUUUUUAGGGUCUCAGACCUUUUUGCAAUUGAUUGACACUUUUCUUUGGGACUCAACCCUCCAAGCUGUGGUUAGUACCAUGGCCGAGAUGGAAGGAGAUGGGGGAUGUCCUAGACCAUCAUGCUCACAUUCUGAACCUGGGAACCUCUAGUUCUAGCCUCCUGUGCCAUCUUGUUUCUUGCACCAGCAACACUUUGACAUCAGGAAAACUGUUCAAGCUGAAACCUGCUAUAUAUCUCAACCCUUCAGUGUUAAUCCCACAUUCACUUUAAAUAAUGCAAAUCUGUGAAUUUCUACUUUCACAGAUACGAUGUGUGUUCCGUAUUGGGAUGAACAUGGGAGAGCUGGCCUGUUGGUCUAUUUUGGAGAUGUGUUUAUCCAUCCUUGUUUUUUAGCUCUUACUGGAAAACCUGUUCAUUAAACCAUGUCUGAAUUCUGAACAUGGAAAAAAAAACAAUAGUAGCUUGCAUUUGAACAGGCAAUAAAGUCACAGCUGCUAUUUACAGACUUCUUGGAUAGCAAAAUAAGUAACAAUAUUUUUAGAAAAAACGUUUUUUGUAGGCUUUUCCAAAGUAAAGUCAUUCUUGAUGAAUGUUUCUUGCUCAUUAAGAUUUGCAACAGCUAAUUCAUACAUUACCAUUCACUUUCUUUUUUUUUUUAAACAUUAACUAACGAUACUUGCAAGGAAGCCAAAGUUCUUCAUUAUUAUUAGUUUUUAUGUGAGGUGUCUGCUGUUGUAACAUAGGAGGGCAGUCAUAUAGUAAGGAGUCAGUGUCCCCAAUGAUUCUAAAUGACAUAGCUUUUUUUUUUUUAAAGAAGGAAAGGUUUGUUGUUAAUAUUCCCAUCUUAUAUUUGUCUAGCGCCUUAUAGUUUCAUGAAGCAUUUUCAUAUCUAUUAUCCUACUUGAACAUUACAUCAAACUAGUGAGGUUUAAAUGGGAUGGACGUGGGAGGCGGGAAAGGAGAUAAACUGUUGGGGAAUCAGAAUUCCGAAUGGCAUCAUUUUGUGUUUGGUUUCAGUUGAAAAUAUUGGCCAAAAGAAUUCCUUAGCAACGAUGCCAACGAUGUCAAAUUAGUCAACAGUUUUUUGUUGUUGUUGUUGUUUUGUUUUUUAAAUGAAUCUGGCAUUUCACCUCAGAGUGUCAGCACCAAAACUGUUCUUCAGAAUUUUCUACCAUUGGUAAAUUUUUAAAAAUGAAUGCUUUCUCAUCACAAUUACUGACUUAGCCCUUUGAUUGCCAUUUAGUAUUAACCACAAGGCUUCAUUACAUGUGCCCAUAUUUGGGCUAGUGGCUAUUCUAUUUUAAUAUGCCUAACCCACUUCUUCUUGACUUCUUAGGAUUCCAUUGAUAUCACAACUCCUUCCGUUUCUCUCUUCUACCUCUCCUAUCAUUUCCUAGUAGUCUGUUCCUUUUCCAUCUCUUUUUUAUGAGCAAGUGGUUGAAUGUUCCAAAUGAUUCUGUUUUCCAAAGGGCCCAGAAGAAUAGGUGACCCUUUAUGCUGGAGAAAUUAGUAUGUGGUAUUAUUGAUUCUAUAGAUGAUGCAGCUAAAGUUGAUUGUAUUUCAUUGCUAUCUGGAAGUGAGAUUUUUUUUUUUUUUUUUUUUUGCGGGCGGGGGGGACUUUAUGGGGUCCUAUGUGAAUGUAAAAGGUCUUUGGGUUUUGUUGUUCAUUCUUUCAAUAAAAAUGGGUUUUUGGUUUUGGUUGGCUUUUUUGGGGGGCUAGGGGACAUCUUAAAUGGAAUAUUGGAAAUAACCGAUGCUAAGUACUUCAACAGUGUGAUACACUAACAGUGGGAGUGGAUCAAAACCAGACAUUAACAUUUACCUACUAUGUGACUCCCGUCAUUUAACCUCUGAGUUACAGUUUCCUAAUCUGUAAAACAGGAUUGAUAAUUUUGCACUACCUACUACACAAGGUGAUUGUGAAAAAAGUGCUUUGUGAAAUUUAAAGCACACCAUGAAUAUCAACUCUUGUUAUGUGGUUAUUUAAUGGGUGCAUGAUUUCACUAAUGAAGUUAUGGUUUUCACUGUGCAAGCUGACUUUUCAUCCUGUGGAUUUCUGAAAAAGCUUCCUAAAGUAUCCAGCCAAUACACCAGCCAGCUUCUUCUUAAUCUUUUCAUAGUUUGUAAAUGACAAAUAUGAGUGAUUAAAAAAAAAACAAAACUAAA